GACGUUUGUGAGACAGAUCUAUGGCUCUGCAACCGAAACAAGACCUUCAGCUUGACAAUGUCCAAGAGCAAGGGUUCUUAUCUUUUUUCUCCAGUUUGCCAGAGAAACUUGGCACAACCCUGAGAGUGUUUGACAGAACGGACUACUACACGGUCCACGGGCAGGAUGCUUUGUUCGUGGCCAAAGAAGUCUUCAAGACUUCAGGUGUCAUUAAAUUUAUCGGAACAGGUUCCAAGAAGCUGGAGUCUGUUGUUCUCAGCCGCAUGAACUUUGAGGCCUUGGCGAGAGAUCUCCUGCUGGUGCGACAGUACAGGAUCGAAGUCUACGGCAACAAGGCCGGGGGAAAGUCAAAUGACUGGUCUCUCUCGUUCAAAGCAUCACCAGGGAACCUCACACAAUUUGAGGACAUACUAUUUGGCAACACAGAAAUGUCUGCAUCAGGCGGAGUGGUGGGCCUUAAGGUUGCCAGCGACGAUGGCCAAACGGUUGUGGGAAUCGGUUAUGCUGACUCCAUCCUCCGAACGUUUACGGUCAGCGAGUUCCCGGACAAUGACCAGUUUUCUAACCUUGAGGCCCUGUUGGUACAGCUGGGAGCCAAGGAGUGUGUGCUGGCCGCUGGGGAGGCCGUCGGUGACACAUCCAAGCUCAGACAGGUGCUCAACAGGAGUGGCCUGAUGGUCACUGAGAGGAAAAAAGUGGAGUUCAGCAACAAAGACAUUGUUCAAGAUCUGAACCGACUGCUCAAAGUUAAGAAAGGAGAAAAGCCAAACAGUGCAACUCUAGCUGAAGUGGACAAAACCAUUGCGAUGUGUGCCUUGUCGGCUGUAAUCAAGUACCUUGAGCUAUUGUCCAACGAGGAUAACUUUGGUCAGUUCCGACUUUCAACCUUUGACCUUAGUCUGUACAUGAAACUGGACGCUGCGGCAGUACGAGCGCUCAAUCUGUUACCUGCAGUUGGGGAAGCCAAUAAGAGUCAAAGUCUUCUUGGUCUCUUGAACAAAUGUCGCACCCCACAAGGUCAGAGGUUACUGGGUCAGUGGGUCAAACAGCCUUUGUUGGACAUACAGAGAAUUGAGGAGCGUCUGAAUGUGGUGGAGUCCAUGUUGGAAGACACGGAGCUCAGACAGACGCUGCAUGACGAUCAGCUGAAGAGAGUUCCUGACUUCCAGAGGCUGGCCAAAAAAUUUCAGAGGAAGAGAGCAACUCUCCAGGACUGUUACCGGGUGUACCAAGCUCUGGACAAAAUGCCGCUGCUGCUGGAGACCCUGGAGAAAAGUGAGGGGAAACAUCGGGCGCUGCUCAUGGAGAUGUUUAGUAAUCCUGUCAAGGAGUUACUGCUAGAUUUUGCCAAAUACCAGGAGAUGGUGGAGACGACGGUGGACAUGGAGCAGAUUCAACAACACGAGUUUGUCAUACGCGCAGAUUUUGACGAUAAUCUCACAGAACUGAGGAACAAAAUGGACGAGCUGGAGAAGGAGAUCAAGGGACAGCUGAACAAGGUGGCCAGAGAUCUGAACCUAGAACCUAACAAAACUCUCAAGUUGGAAAGUAACAACCAGCUGGGAUAUUUCUUCAGAGUCACAAGAAAGGAAGAGAAAGCGCUGAGGAACAACAAGAAGUACCAUACCAUCGAUACCAACAAAAACGGUGUGCGCUUCCACAACUCAUCCGUGCGACAGCUCAAUGAUGAGUACCAGCAGGCGCGGGAGGAUUACAACGAGCAGCAGAAGAGUGUGGUGGCAGAAGUCAUCAAUAUCGCAGCCGGCUACGUGGAGCCCAUGUGUAUGCUCAACGACAUUGUGGCCCAGCUGGACGUCCUGGUCUCCUUCUCCAUCGCUUCCUCCGGUGCUCCCAUCCCUUAUGUCAGGCCAAAGCUGCUUCCUAAAGGAGAUGGCAUUCUGAGACUCACAGAAAUUCGACAUCCAUGUUUGGAAAUGCAAGAUGACGUUUCUUUCAUCUCCAAUGAUGCUACUUUUGAAAAAGAUUCCCAAAUGUUUCACAUAAUCACAGGUCCCAACAUGGGAGGAAAAUCUACAUACAUCAGAUCUGUGGGAGUGGCUGUGCUGAUGGCCCAGAUUGGGUGCUAUGUGCCGUGUUCCAGCGCAGAGAUUUCCGUCACUGACAGCAUCCUGGCGCGUGUUGGUGCAGGAGACUCACAGCUCAAGGGCGUGUCUACCUUCAUGGCUGAGAUGUUGGAAACCGCCUCCAUUCUCAGGAGUGCGAGCCCUGACUCCCUUAUCAUCAUUGACGAGCUGGGCCGAGGGACAUCCACCUACGACGGCUUUGGUCUGGCCUGGGCCAUCUCUGAACAUAUCUCCAUAAAGAUCAAGUGCUUCUGUGUGUUUGCCACACACUUCCACGAGCUGACAGCUUUGGCUGACGUUGUACCAACGGUGAACAACUUGCACGUCACAGCUCUCACCACUGACGACACUCUCACACUUCUCUAUAGAGUCAAGCCAGGUGUGUGUGACCAGAGUUUUGGCAUCCAUGUGGCAGAGCUGGCACACUUCCCUAAACACGUUAUCGAGGCAGCGAAAGAGAAGGCCAGCGAACUAGAAGACUUCCAGAACAUUGGACUUGAAUCAGAGGGUCUGGCUGGUGACGACGAACCAGCUGUGAAAAAGAGGAAACUUGCCAAACAGGAAGGGGAAGAAAUCAUCCAAGACUUCCUUAGCAAAGUGCGAAAACUGCCUCACGACACGCUAACCUCUGAAGAGCUUCUGGACAAGGUGAAAGAAUUCAAGACAGAAGUGAUGGCCAAGGACAACCCAUUCAUCAAAGACUUGCUGGCCAGAAAGUCGAGAACUUAACAUAAUCAUUGUGAAUGAAUUGUUGUUUACAUUUCAGAUUCACAAAGAAUUUUCUCUCAGGAAACUAAGCCUAGAGCUUACUCAUAAGUCUAGCAUGGUUGAAAUCAGUUUUAUAAAAUUCCAAUAUAUAGUGGAGUCUGCUCAUCCCAACAUGGAUAAUCCAAAAAGAGUGGUAAACUGAAUGAAAAUAAAAUCUCCCUUUCUUUAAUUCGUAUAUUUGAGCAACUUCUAUAAACCAAAAACCCUACUAAACCGAAGAAAAUCCAGUGGUUCUGCAGAUUUCGGUUAAAGUGGGCUCUAUUGUACGUGUUCUGUAUUGUUUUCAUGAUCAAAUAUGAUGUAAAGCAACAUAUAUGAGUAUUUCUGUACAGUUUGUUAAAUGAUUGAUUGUGGCUGAGGAUUUUUGGAAAUUUAUUUUGCCCCAACAUAACAUUUCUUCAUGAGAUGAUAGUUUUGGGGAAAGUUGUCAAUGUCAAAAGCCAAUUUGUAUCCGACUUAGAAUAAACUUAUAAAAAGUAAAA